UGUUGAAAAUCUUUGGAUAGUGUGAAGAACAAGGAAAAAAAAAACAACUCUUGCAAAAGAAAAAUUCUCUCUCUUUUUUUCUUUAUCUCUUUCUUUGGGAGCUGAAUAUAUUGAUGUAUGUGUUGAAAAAAUUGUGAAUUUUGGAGCAUAUUGUUUUUUCAUAUAUUUCAUCCUUCUAUAUGGUCAUGGAUGAUACUUUGAAUGGAUUCUCUCCUGUUUCAACUCCUAAGAUUUUCUGGAAAUCUAGAAAGAGAUCAGCUAGUGGCAUGAAUUUAGAGGUAUCGUCGGAAGACAUCGAUAAAAAAGCACCGAGCAAUCAUGAAGAUCCCUCAAUCGAAGUUUCCGAGCUUUCAGAGCGUAGAAAGGCUUUGUUUGAACCGUUAGAACCUAUAAAGAACAUCAAUGGCCGACGACCCUCGGCCGAGUCUUUGCUUCCUCCACCUGACUUUGAGUCUCCUAACUAUCCGAAGGGAUGGUUGAUCGGAAAAAAACGAAAGCUCGUUAACGUGGAUGUCGUUGAAAGCAUGAGAAGGAUUGCUGUCCAAGAAAUGAAUAGAAAGGAUAGGGAAAUAGAUGGACUAAACGAACAAUUAGACGAAGAUUCACGGUGUCUUGAGCUUUUGCAAGUUCAACUUGUGGAAGAACGAAGCAAACGUUCUCGACUCGAAAGAGACAAUGAAAUGCUCCAAGAUCAAGUGAACAUGCUUAUGAACAUGUUACAAGAAAAUGAGCAAAUGGGAGAUGAAGGACAAGAAAUGGGAGAUGAAGAUCAAGAUGACCUUUAAAGAUGUAUUUAUAUUAUACAACAAGUGUGUGCAUGCUUGUGUGUUUUAUUAAAUUCUUUUGUAGAUUUUAUCCAUCUUAUGCUAUUAAGUGCAUAUACUCAUGAUAUAAAUAUGGAGAGUAAUCAAAACAUUACUGAACAUAUUUGAUUAUCUCAAAAACAGAAAGAAUUUUUGUUUUUGUUUU